UUAUCUUAAAUACAAAUAGCGAUUAUUUAGUUUAUAUCGCGUGCGUAUUUAAAUAUUUAAAAGUGAGUAGGUGUUCGACGUACGGAUAACAUAUUACUUCACAAUGAAUGUUUCAGCAAUACGAUACGGUUUCUUAAUCGGUCAAAGGCUGUGAAAUGUGAGACAUUGAAUUAGUCAUACGUUGAAAGAUAGAAUGUUUUACUUGGUAGGCUGGAAUUUCCGUGUCAUUAUGGUUUAACCCUGAUUUUUUUUAGCGUAUUGAGACCUUAUAAUCGAGAGGCAUGUGGAAGGCAAGUGCUGGGAUAAAGCUAGACGUCUCUAAUGGCAAUGAUGAUGACUGGGAAACGGACCCAGACUUUGUGAAUGAUGUAACAGAGCAGGAGCAACGAUGGGGCUCACGCACAGUGGAGGGCUCUGGACGCACCGCUGGUGCUAUUGAUAUGAAGAAGCUACGAGAGGAAACUGCUGAAGCAGAUGCCAUUUUAAAGCAGAAACAGUUGGAGGAAGGUCCUAAAGCUGCAUUUGGCUAUGGAGGGAAAUUUGGUGUGCAGACAGACAGGAUGGAUCAGUCAGCUGUGGGGCAUGAUUAUGUGGCAAAGGUGGAGAAACAUGAGUCACAGCGAGAUUAUAGCACUGGUUUUGGAGGCAAGUUUGGUGUUCAGAGUGACAGACAGGACAAGAGUGCAGAAGAUUGGGAGUACAGGGAGAAGAUAGAGAAGCAUGGCUCUCAGCGUGACUACAGUAGUGGAUUUGGUGGAAAGUAUGGUGUGCAAGUGGAUCGCCAGGAUAAGUCUGCUGUUGGCUGGGACCAUGUUGAGAAACUUGAGAAGCACGAAUCACAGAAAGAUUAUGCCAAAGGUUUUGGUGGCAAAUAUGGCAUACAGACGGAUCGCCAGGACCGUUCAGCUGUUGGCUGGGACCACGUUGAGAAGACUGAGAAACAUGCAAGCCAGAAAGACUAUGCUGUUGGAUUUGGUGGAAAGUUUGGUGUUCAAGCAGACCGUCAAGAUAAGUCAGCUGUUGGGUGGGACCACCAUGAACAGCUGCAUCAGCAUGAGAGUCAGACUGAUCACAAUAAGGGAUUUGGCGGUAAAUUUGGGGUGCAGAGAGAUCGAGUAGACAAAUCAGCUCAUGAUUUCAAUGAACAACCUGAAAAGGUUGGCACAAACUAUGAGAAACUGAAGCCUGACAUAGGGUCUACCAAACCAUCGAACCUUCGUAUGAAAUUUGAAAACCUUGCAAAGCAGGGUGAAGAGGAAGCAAAAAAGAAGGCAGAGGAGGAGCGAGACAGACGCAAGAAGCAGGAGGACUUAGAGGAACGUGUGGCACGUGAACAAGAGGAGAAACGAUUGAAGAAGCAGCAAGAAAAGGAACAGGAACAACAGAGAAAACUACAGGAGCACAAACUUUACCUUGAGCAGACUAUGUCCCAAUCCAUAUCUGAGCCUCAACAGGUGGUUCAACCUAAGCCGCAGGCACGCUCUUCUAUUCAGGAAGAUUCAGUAUCACCACAUUCUCCAGUUGUGCCACAAUCUACAGUUGUACCACAUUCUCCAGUUGUGCCACAAUCUCCAGUUUCAAAUGUUCGGUCGGAGAGUCAUGUGGUACAGACGCCACCAACAGAGGAAGAAGAUGAAGAAAUAGAUGAAGACGUGGCUGGAGCAUUUGAUUCUGUAGAAGAUACUGGCUACUCUGCCAUUGCACUGUAUGAUUACCAAGCAGGGGCUGAAGAUGAAAUAUCAUUUGAUCCUGAUGAUAUCAUCACCAAUGUGGAAAUGAUUGAUGAAGGCUGGUGGCGGGGCUACUGCCAUGGCCAGUAUGGAUUAUUCCCAGCCAACUAUGUCCAGCUGCAGCAGUGAUGAUCACGUCCACAGCAUAGCAGAGUUCAACUGUGAUACAAAGUACUUAAGAGCUUCCAGCAGUGCACAUCUCUUAUGUGGAGAGUUGGUGGAAAUUUUUUAAUAAACAAUUUUUUAUGUCAUGGUGCUGUACAUAUUUUUAUGUGUCUGGGAUGCCUUUGUGUGCCGUGACUUGUAAAGAAUCAUUGUUUGAGUCAUGAAUACUGCUCACAGAACGGUUCAGGCUGAUCUGUCAAGGCCACAACUUGAGAACUGCAAGUAGUCAGCUAACUGCUGAUGGCUUCUUUCCUCUAAUCAUCCCCUCUGAUAUUAAUUUAAUCUGAUUUCUCUUCAAAGCAUAUGAAUGUAAAAAUUGCUAAUCAAACUAUUAAGAAUUAUAAACCAGAUGUCUAAACGAUUGUUAGUUUUUAGGCUGCAAGUAUAUAAAUUAAGGUCACUUAGCGUAUCAGCAUCAUCUUGCUGUAGUGAUUCAUGGAAACUAAGAACUGACAGGAGAUGGUACAGUCUUUUAGACCAUAAAAGAAAUUAAAUUAUGAGAGAAAUACAAAUUCCACAAAUAAAA